UCUCGGGUGUUGAUUAGUCAGAGUUCAGGAAGUUCAAGGAGGCGGGGCUUAAUGAAAGCGGCGUACCGUUGCAUGUUAUUUGACAGUCGGUGACGUUUGACGGGAGACCAUCAGCUCAGUGGCUGUUGAUGGACCAUCCUUAUGAAGAAGCAGGGUUACAAUGGGACAGAACACCUCGAAACAAGAGGUCCAAGGAGACACAGCUGAGAAGUUUCAUAGUGCCAAUACAGACGAUGCAGACCUGCUCAGGCUUUGAUGGGGGAGCCAUUCACCCUGUUGACGGGCUUGAUAACAUCAAGACGUUUGUGGAGGAGGAACUACAGACAAGCAUGAUGUUGGGGGUAUUGAUUGGCGCAGGCAUUGUCAUAGUUGUCAUUGCCAUCCUCAUAUUCUUCAUCUGGAGGAGGAUCAAGCUACGGAAUCUAGAGGCCCAGGAGGCGCCCAAAUACCGCUUCCGCAAGAGGGACAAAGUCUUGUUCUACGGGCGAAAGAUAAUGCGUCAAGUCUCCCAGUCUACCUCUUCCCUGGUGGGUACCUCCUCUUCCUCGAGGCCACGCCUCAAGAAGAAGCAGAAGAUGCUCAACAUUGCCAAAAAUAUCCUGCGCUUCAAGAAGGAGGUGCCCACUCUUCAGGCUAAGGAGCCCCCUCCCUCAGUGCUGGAAGCAGACCUCACAGAAUUUGAUGUGGCCAACUCGCACCUCCCCUCUGAGGUGCUCUACAUGCUCAAAAAUGUCCGUGUGCUGGGUCACUUUGAGAAGCCCCUCUUCCUGGAGCUGUGCAAGCACAUGGUGUUUGUGCGGUUCCAACAAGGGGAGUAUGUGUUCAGGCCAGGCCAGCCUGACAGCAGCAUCUUUGUCGUGCAGGAUGGAAAACUUGAAUUGUGCCUUACUCAGACGGAUGGCAAAGAGAGUGUGGUGAAGGAGGUUUUCCCCGGUGACAGCGUCCACAGCCUCCUCAGCAUCCUGGAUGUCAUCACAGGCCAUCAGAGGCCUUACAAAACGGUGUCGGCACGGGCAGCAGAGGUUUCCACUGUUCUCCGAUUACCUGUCGAGGCCUUCCUUGCUAUAUUUGAGAAGUACCCUGAGAGCCUUGUGCGAGUAGUACAGAUUAUCAUGGUUCGUCUCCAAAGAGUAACUGUUCUAGCCCUGCACAACUAUCUGGGACUCACCAAUGAGCUCUUCAGCCAUGAAAUGCAGCCCUCGCGGUUGCUGCCUCAGGCACCUCAUCCGUCUCGCACCAGUCCCAUCCGCCAUGGCAAGCGCUUUGGCAGCCUGACAGUCCCAGAGGAACAUCGAGACGCUGCUGUUAAGGGUGAAACUACAGGAGGAGAACAGGGGAAGGAUGGAGCAGCAGUGCCAACUCUUAGCAGGACUAUCUCUAUGCCAGUGGACAUUGCCGGUAUACAGAAAGGUGUGAGGUCAGACUUUGACAUGGCAUAUGAAAGAGGACGGAUCUCUCUCUCUGCAGAGGAUGGCAACACUCCUCCCACCUUCACUCGGUCUGUGUCCCAGGAGCAGAAGGAGAGGAAGGUGACAGUAGAUGAAGUUCCUUCAGGGAUCUACUUGUAUCCAGAAGAAGAGUCAGGAGCGGACAACAUUUUUACACCGUUAUCCAGUCGGUCCAGUUCCACUGCUGCUCUGUUUGAGGAAGCUCAGAAAGAAGUCCUCAAACUCAUGAAGAUUGAGGAUCCAUCUUUAUUAAAUGGAAGAGUGACUCUGCACCAUGCGAAAGCUGGAACUGUCUUAGCGAGGCAGGGAGACCAGGAUGUGAGUCUGCACUUCGUUCUGUCUGGUUGUCUGCACGUCUACCAGAGGAUGAUCAACAAACAGGAGGAUGUCUGCUUGUUUGUGACCCACGCGGGGGAGAUGGUGGGUCAACUCGCUGUGCUCACUGGAGAACCACUCAUUUUCACCAUCAAGGCCCUUCGAGACUGUACUUACCUCAAAAUCUCCAAGUCGGAUUUCUAUGAGAUUAUGAGGGAGCAGCCCAGUGUGGUGCUGAGUGCAGCCCACACAAUGGCUGUUCGCAUGUCUCCUUUUGUCAGGCAAAUGGACUUUGCCAUUGACUGGAUGGCUGUGGAGGCAGGCAGAGCCCUCUAUCGACAAGAUGACAAGUCAGACUGCACCUAUAUUGUUCUGAACGGGCGUCUGCGUUCAGUCAUCCGCAAAGCAAAUGGCAAGAAAGAACUCGUUGGGGAAUAUGGCAGAGGAGACCUCAUUGGAGUGGUGGAGGCCUUGACCAAACAGCCAAGAGCCACCACUGUCCAUGCCGUGAGAGACACAGAGCUGGUCAAGCUGCCCGAGGGAACACUAAACAAUAUCAAAAGACGAUAUCCUCAAGUUGUGACACGGUUGAUCCACUUAUUAGGGCAAGAGAUUCUGAGGAACCUGCAGCAGGGUCGUGGGCCAUUUUCAGGCUCAGCCUUGAGUCUGCCCAGUAUGACAGCAGGUACAGAUGUAACCAAUCCAGCCAGCAACCUCUCUACUGUGGCUGUGCUACCUGUAGGCGAGGUGCCCAUCAGUGCAUUCAACCUGGAGCUCAGCCAUGCCCUCCGUGCCAUUGGCCCCACUCUGCUUUUAACCAGUGACAUCAUAAGAGAACGUUUGGGGGCUUCUGCUUUGGACAGUAUCCACGAGUACCGUCUGUCCGGCUGGCUGGCCCAGCAGGAGGACAUCAAUCGAAUUGUCCUCUACCAGACUGACAACAGCAUGACCCCAUGGACUCAGCGCUGCAUACGCCAGGCUGACUGCAUCCUCAUCGUUGGCCUGGGAGACCAGGAACCUACCCUGGGAGAGUUGGAGCAGAUGCUGGAGAACACAGCUGUGCGAGCUCUGAAGCAGCUAAUCCUUCUGCACAGAGAGGAUGGACCCAGCCCCUCCAGGACGGUCGAGUGGCUUAACAUGCGUAGCUGGUGCUCUGGCCAUCUUCACCUCAAGUGUCCUCGCAGGGUUUUCUCCAGACGUAGCCCCACCAAACUGAGGGAUGUAUAUGAAAAAGUGUUUGAGAAAACAGCAGACAGGCACAGUGAUUUCUCUCGGCUGGCCCGGGUCCUGACUGGAAACAGCAUCGCCCUGGUGCUGGGAGGAGGUGGAGCGAGAGGCUGCUCUCAUGUGGGUGUGAUCAAAGCAAUGGAGGAAGCAGGGAUUCCUAUUGACAUCGUGGGUGGGACCUCAAUUGGCUCCUUCAUUGGUGCACUGUACGCUGAGGAGAGGAGUGCUGUCAGAACCAAACAGAGAGCUAGAGAGUGGGCCAAGGCAAUGAACUCUGUUUUUAAAACAGUCCUGGACCUGACCUAUCCCAUCACUUCCAUGUUCUCUGGCUCUGCCUUCAACACCAGCAUCUACAAGGUGUUUCAGGACAAGCAAGCUGAGGAUCUGUGGCUGCCAUAUUUUAACGUCACUACAGACAUCACAGCCUCAGCCAUGCGUGUUCAUCAGGAUGGUUGCGUCUGGCGCUAUGUUAGAGCCAGCGCCUCCUACACCCCCUAUUUACCUCCCCUGUGCGACCCCAAGGAUGGCCACUUGCUUGUGGAUGGUUGUUAUGUUAACAAUGUCCCAGGCACUCUGUGGCGCUAUGUGCGGGCGAGCAUGACCCUCUCUGGGUACCUGCCGCCACUCUGUGACCCCAAAGAUGGCAACUUGCUAAUGGACGGUGGCUACAUCAACAACCUGCCAGCGGACAUUGCAAGGAACAUGGGUGCCAGAACCGUCAUUGCCAUCGAUGUCGGAAGCCAAGAUGAGACUGACCUCUGUAAUUAUGGCGACUGCUUGUCGGGCUGGUGGUUGCUGUGGAAACGGAUCAAUCCCUGGGCAGAGAAAGUAAAGGUACCAGACAUGGCGGAGAUCCAGUCUCGGCUGGCAUACGUGUCCUGUGUGCGGCAGUUAGAGGUGGUGAAGAAGAGCGCCUACUGCGAGUACAUCAGACCGCCCAUAGACCGCUUCAAGACCAUGGACUUUGGCAAGUUUGAUGAGAUCUACGAUGUGGGCUUCCAGCACGGCAAGUUGGUGUUCACUGGCUGGGCCCGAGGAGACAUCAUCAUGAACAUGCUGAAGGACCACCGUUCAGCCGAUUACAAUGACAGCAAGAGAACGGAUUCCUGCACCUGCUCGGGAGCCGACUUCACUGACCUCGCAGAGAUUGUAUCCAGGAUAGAUCCAGUCCAAAGCUAUGUCGCUGCAGAAGAGGAGUCAGACUGUCUGACGGAGUACGAGGAAGACGGGAUGGACACGGUGAGAGAGGAGGAGGAGGAGGAGGAGGAGGAGGAGGAGGCAGAGGACACGGAGGACCACUCUCCUGGAGAGUGGGGGCAGAAUGGAAUCUUCCAGACUGACGAAGAGAAACCUUUGAGGCAACGCCGGAAACUCACCAGUGACACCUCUGAAGUCUCCGACUGCUGACACAGGGCCACUGACAACAGGCGGGAGUUUCAGCAAGAACACGGGACAAAUCAUGGCUCCAUAAAUAGUACGGGCUUAAGACGUUGCCCCCUGUGACGUCUGAUACUCUGAAAUACUACUAUUACGCUCCUCCUGGAGGGAUUCGUCAAGAGGCAUCACACCGGUGUCACUCUGACCACAGCACCAUGUCUCACCUGCAGCUCCUUCUGCGUGCGCACGUGUCUCUCUGUCCUAACGGCUUUGUUGCACUCCGUCUCUUAACGUUGAAGACGUCUAACCUAGUCCGUUCAUUUUUUUGUGUUGCUUGUUUGAAUGAGUGUGCGUCGGACUGAGAUAUGAGCAAAGCUGCGAUGAGAUGGUAGCAGGACACUGAAAACAACAACAAGUUAGUUAGGUAAGUUUAGCAUGGAGAUUAGUUGGGAGUCAAGUAGGAGAGGCUCAUGAAUGAGUCAAGGCUGGAUCAGUGGUUUGUUUGUCAGUGUGCUGGAGAGAAAUGAUAACGUGAAGUAGCAGAAAAGUUAGAACCGUUAGCAACUGGUUUGGUCCAAGGAGAAAGUCACGAUGACAAAGAACUGAUGUGAGAAGAAUACGAACACUUAAAAUGGUCACAAUCAAAGUCAUCACUUUUUUAUGGAGUGGACUUCUCUGACCUCAGGAUAGAUUAUUGAGACGGAUGUGUUCAUCAAUGCUGCGGAAAGAUUCGGAAUGUUGUCGACCAGUGAGCCAUCAAACGCUACAGUAACUCGAUUUCAAAUCCAUGCACAGCACAGUAGGGUGAGCUCGGUUAAACUGCACGGCGGAUGAGACGCGAUGAGAGGGAGUGGAUGAGACGUGUGCGCUUCAUGUGUUUGUGUUUGAGCUCUUUGUUUGAAACGAUUUUUUUUAACCGGCGAUCAUUCGGCUGACGUUACACACGGAAAACAGUGCGUGACCCCUUUCUGCUUGCACACAGUUCUCACUUACGGUACUUCAGAGCUUCUGCAUAUUACUCAACAAUUAUUACAACAACAACAAAAAAAACAAAUCACAGACUGUUUGUUAUUUUAUGGAUGCACAGAAAACUUCUACUGGACUGAAAUCACACCUCAUGUAAUUAUGAAUAAUUAAAAGGGACCUAAUGUAAAAAGUGUAACAAGCCCCUGUUAUAAUAUAAACAGUGUUGAUAUUCUUGUAUGUAUAUGAGGUGGAUUUACUUCUUUUUUUUUAUUUUAUUUAAUUUAUUUAAUGUUAACUACUGGCUUUUAAUAGAUAGUUGUUGUUUUUUUGUUUUUAAAUCUGGAGAUGGGAGCUGUUUUUGUUUAAAUUAACUUGACUAGCAGUUUUUGCACUGAGUAAUUUUGAAGAAUUCCUUUUGCUUAGAACACGUUUGGUUUCAUGAUUUCCAUCCACCUCGAUGUUCCAAGGGAAUCUAAAUAUGAAGAGAUGCUAAUGUGACGUGCAUAUUAGAAAAUAAACACGAUAUGCAUAACAUGUUA